AUGAAUGAACAAAGUGUUCGGCCCUUUCCAGUGAAGCCUCUUCCCUCCCUCUUGUACCCAGUUUCGAGUGUUUCAAAGGCAAGUGAGGCUACUUCUAGUUCCUGGGGCGAUUAUUGCCAGAAUGUCAGCAGCCUAAGGUUGUCUGUCUCUACUUGCUCGACGCCCACAACUCCGAGUACAUUGUCAAGUAAUCCUAUUUAUUCUCCUGACUGGGAAGCAACAAAAUUUUCCUCUUGCACAGACAGUGAUAAUCUUCUGAGGACUAUCUCUUGCCUUUCUGCGACUUCCGUCUCUUACAGACAACAAAUAUCCAAUCGGUUGGUCUGUCCCCGCCUGUCUUGCUCGGACUUAGUGUCCUUUCGAUCCCUUGGAUCGGCUGGUCACUCUAAUGAUCAAGCGGAUGAAAGCCAUGAGUCUAUUAAAUUUCGGUACACCUCAAUGGGCGUCACAUUGCUGGAGCCUGUCGCCUCCUGGCUAUGGUACUCCUGUGCGUUAGGAACUAGAGAAGAGCCAAACACAUCUCGCAAUCAUCAGUUAGAUCGCUACAAUCAUCGAUGUUACCAUCAUAGCCUAUGCUCAAAGACCAGUCUUGAAGCCGGCUACCUCGCACGGCUUGAAAACAAUGGAGCAAUUGGUAACAAGUGUAAAAAUGAAGUCUUCCUUCUUCAAUCGCCGUUAUUUUGCCUGCCUCCCAGAGAUUUCGCCUUGCCAAUUGUUUGGCCUGUAGAAUCUGCGAUCUUAGACUUUGCUGUCAGAUACAGCCCGUUGCCAGAGCAGAUGGCAACGGAUGACGACAUCGAAGAUUUUGGGCUCUUCACGGGUAUUAGGAAUCUGAUUCCAAACCGAUUAUUGUCAUGCAGGUUUCUUCCUGAUCGUCUAGCUUCACUAUCCAACUACCGACUCUUCGCUUCUUCAAAUCCCAGCAAAUCAGACAUGCUUGAAUUCAAGCCGGGGGUUGCUGUUGGUUUGUGCUCUCUCUUUCAAGUAGGUGCCAUAGGGACUCCUCAUUUCUCCAGUUUUUCUGAGUCACGCACAUGCGCACGCAUACACAUACACAUGCACAUUCACGCCUGA